UUCCGCAGGCCCGCAAAAGCUUAUUCUGAAUGAUGACGUGUAGCACAGGGUCCUUCUGACUUCCGCGUCUCCCUAAACAUUGUGCAGCUGAGUACAGUCACCAGAAAAAUGUCUAAAGUCACGUUUAAAAUCACUCUGACGUCGGAUCCACGGCUACCAUACAAAGUACUGAGUGUACCAGAAGGCACGCCGUUCACAGCAGUGUUGAAGUUUGCAGCAGAGGAGUUCAAAGUGCCUUCAGCUACCAGUGCCAUCAUUACCAAUGACGGCAUCGGCAUCAACCCGGCUCAAACGGCAGGAAAUGUGUUCUUGAAGCACGGUUCAGAGCUGCGCAUCAUUCCCAGAGACAGAGUAGGAGGAAGAGGAGUAGGAGCAGACCGACCUUCCUCCUCCCCCACAACUACACAAUGACUCACACAGACACACACCACCUGAAUCACUUCUCACUGUAGACUGGGGAAACACUGUGUGUCUGUGUGUGUGUGCGCAUGUGAGGCUGUGUGUAUUUAUUUUCAAUCCCUAAAAGGACUUCACACAUUGAGACACUCUAAGGUGCACGCACACACACACACACACACACACACUCACACAGGUGAAAGCUUGGACCAGAGGAGUCCAUAGGUAUUCCAGAGGUAGCACAUCUGAUUAGACUCAUUAAGACCUUGAUUGGUGAAUCCGCUGUGCCCUCUUCAUGGCUACACAUUUGAUUUUUAAUGUCCGACGGCUCCUGAGGAGAGGGAAGACCUAUGUUCAAAAUUGUUUGUACAUUUUAGUUGUAAAUGGGCUAACAGAUGAUGAACAACAUCUGUAAACAUAUUAUGCCAUGUUUGUAAUGGUUUUCUAAUAGGUCAUUUGAAUCUGUGUAUUACUCCUGUGUUAAAUGGGCAUGCUUUCAUGAAGGGAGGCUGUACAAGUUGUUUUCAAAUGAACCUGCUUUCUCAAAAAAGAUUUCUGUCUGUUCUCUUGCCCCUCGUCACACCCUUGGCAGAGAAAAAUUCCCAAGCUAGCAUUUAAAAAUGAAUGUAAUGUAUCAUAUCUUUCAUUACAGCCAAGAUAGUUUCAUGCCAUUAUUUCAAGUCUGAUUUGGAACGUAAAUGUAGACAAUACGGUCAUAUAUUGAUGCUACAGAUGGUUUUAAUGUGGAAUAAAAACAGAAUAAACUGUAUUGUGAUGAACUGAA